AUGGACAGAAGUUGGAUGAAAAAACCUCGACAUACACAAGAGUAUGUCGAUGGUGUCAAUGACUUUUUGAAGUUUGCAUGCGAGAAUUGUGAUACAGAUUCGCCGAUUUGUUGCCCAUGUAGAAAAUGUGGAUUACGUAAGAUGUUCAUGCCUAACAUGGUAUAUGAUCAUUUGAUUAGCUAUGGAAUUUCUCAAGGUUACACCAUUUGGCAUGCUCAUGAGGAGAGAAUAGGGGAGGCAUCUUACCAUGCUACUGAUGCUCAAAAUAAUAAUGAGCAAAUAAAUGAAGGCUCUGGUGGGAUGACAACCAUGUUACAUGAUGUUUUCCCCAUGUUUGAUCCUCAAAUAGUGGAGGGUGGGCUUGAAAUAGGUGUGGAUGCUGGAGAGGCUGGAGUGCAAAAUGAAAAUCGACAAGGUUCUAGCGAAAGAGUUAAUAAAUUUUACAAUAUGUUGAAAGAUGCUGAUGAUUCAUUAUAUGAAGGGUGCACAAAACAUACUAAGUUUAGUGCUAUUGUACGUCUCUGGAAUAUGAAGUGUUUGGGUGGAUUGAGUAAUAGCAUAUUCACAGAACUACUUGAAUUUGUGAAUGAGUUGCUCCCACCAGGAGCAUCAUUUCCUAAAAAUACGUACGAGGCGAAGAAGUACAUGAAUGAGUUAGGUCUUGGAUACGAGAAGAUCUUAGUAUGUCCCAAUGGUUGUAUGUUAUUUUGGAAGGACAAUAAGAAUCUGGAAACAUGCAUGGUAUGCGGAGCAUCAAAAUGGAAGCAAAAAGAGUCAAUAGAUGAUAGGUCUAGAAAAGGUAAAAGAAGUCCAGCUAAAAUAUUACGGUGGUUUCCGUUAAAGACAAGGUUGCAAAGGCUUUUUAUGUCAUCGAAGACUUCUUCACAAAUGAAAUGGCAUGCUAUAGGCUGCAGUAAUGAUGGGGUACUAAGGCAUCCAGCAGAUGGCAUGGCUUGGAAGACGUUUAAUUCACAACAUGAUGAUUUUGCCUCUGAGCCCCGCAAUGUUAGGCUUGGUUUAUCUACAGAUGGCUUGAAUCCUUUUGGAAACAUGAGCAUUUCCUAUAAUACUUGGCCGGUUAUGUUGGUACCUUACAAUUUACCUCCUUGGAUAUGCAUGAAACGAUCAAGUUUCAUGCUAUCGUUGAUUAUAUCGGGACCAUCAUCACCUUCAAUGAAUAUAAAUGUAUACUUAGAGCCUCUAAUAUCAGAAUUAAAGGAAUUAUGGGAGGUUGGAGCACCAACCUAUGAUGUUUGCUCCAAAGAGAUCUUCACAAUGCGGGCGGUUUUAAUGUGGACGAUAAAUGAUUUUCCUGCGUAUGGUGAUUUGUCUAGGUGGAGUACGAAAGGUCGUUUAGCAUGUCCUUGUUAUAUGGGUAACACAUGA